UGUUUCGAGUUCUGGUGACACAAAAAGGAGGGAGUCUUGCGCUAUGCUUGUUUCGAGUUCUGGAGACACAAUGAGGAGAGAGUCUUGCGCUAUGCUUGUUUCGAGCUCUGGAGACACAAUAAGGAGAGAGUCCUGCGCUAUGCUUGUUUCGAGUUCUAGUUCUGGAGACACAAUGAGGAGAGAGUCUUGCACUAUGCUUGUUUCGAGUUCUGGAGACACAAUGAGGAGAGAGUCUUGCUUGUUGUUAGCUAUGCUAGCAGGAGUGCAUGCACCCCUGAUGCUAGUUUGUGAGUCUUGCUUACUGCUUGUCCCUGGUGACACAAUAAGGAGAGAGUCUUGGCUAUAACUGCCAUCAUAGAGAGGACAUGAAUCAUUCAUCAUUGCAUGCAUGCAAGCCACAAAUCAUGCGCACUGAACUAUCACACCUGCGGGUUCACGCAUGGCUACUUUAUUGCGCAUGCGCCGAUGGACUAGCACUAUUCAGCUGCAUUUAAAACUGCACUGCACUGCGCUGCACUUAGUAGUACGUGCUUAGCUACUGUAGCUCCCUAGUUUACAGCAUAGGUGAAGAAUGCCUGCAACCAAGAGGUGGCACUUUGAGUUUCUCGUGGGUGGAGUCAGUGGUAUCACUGUGUACAAGAAUGGUGCAAGGAUUAAGAGCUACAAACUCCCAAAUCGCCCAGUCUUGGAAAGUGUAUAUUCAAUAGGUACUCCUUCUACUAGAAAGACUUGUGAUAAGGUUAAAGAAUACCUAGAUCAAGCCAUUGAGGUAAGCUAUAAUGUAUAACAAUGUUGUAAUUUUAGUAAUAAGCACCACAGAUAUAAUCCUGGUUUUUAUUGGUCAUACAGGUCACAUUUAAAUGCAAGACUACUGUGCUCCUGAAUCGGAAGGAGUUUGAAUGGAAUAAAUCAGCAUUUUGUCGACUGUUGAGGCUGUCUCCUGGGGCGAGAGCAGUCGACUUCAUUCAAGUCUUCAACCAACUGACAAAGAUCAGACCCUCUCAACAAAAUCUCUGACUACAAAGCCCGAGUUUAAGCAGCAAAAUUUUAGCCCAAUCCAGUGCCUUCCUGAUGAGUUCAAGCUGGAAAUGUUAUCAAAGGUUUCAAGCAGUGAGCUAAGCCUUGCUGAAUUAAAGGAAGAAGCUACCAGCUACAGAUCAAGAAAGUCUCUGCAAAGGGCUUUUUGCAAGAUAACUACUUCCAGUACGUGGUGCGAGGCAAAACGUAGAUUUCCUGCCUUCACUACCCCAGAGCGUCUGAGGACAUUCCACCAGAUAUGUUUAACCAAAACAAUACCGGCGUCUUUUCGUUCAUAUUGUGAGGCAGCUCUAAAAGCAGAAAAAUCAGGCAGCACAGACACUGUUGUCCCCUCGGCUGAUAUAUAUAAGUUCAGGCACUGCAAGGCUUAUGUGGUCGAAGGGGAUGCAGCAAACAUGUGCUGCCAAGAUGUUAGGGAUGUCUACCCUACAUUCAUGGGCUCAAAUCUCUUCCUGGCUGACAUACCCGUGGCGUGGACAACAGAACAAAUUCAAAGCCUUGUGUACACCACAAAACAGCUGAAUACAAUACCCGAGAAAACUGUGAGCACAUUUAAUGUUGCAUUGAUUAGCACCAGUCUCUCAAAAAUUGAAGAACUGAAGAAUUGUUUGUUGAAGUGCUACGAACACGUCAGUGUGUGCUACUGGCAGACAGCGUGCACAGGUGGCUUAGAUUCCACUCAUCCACUGGGAUUUAUCCCAUCAAUUGGUUGUGUGGUAGUGGGACACUACUCACUCAGUGGAAAGCUGGAGGAGGACCACUUUAACUUCGUUGAGGAAGGGCGGUCCAAUUUCUUCCCCUGUAUUGAUCAAUCCACUGCUAAGAUUCCGAUUUGUGUGCUGACAGGCAUUAUAAAGAAGCUGUCUUUUGAAGGGAGCACUGUUAUUGAUGCCACAAGUGAAUCUGGUAACUGUGCAAUCGCCUCACUACAAGCAGGAAGAGAUGUGGUGGUACUCAAGGCAUUGGCCCAAGCAGCACUUGCAAGAAGCCAGCUUGCAGAACUGUCAACAACAUAGCUAGCUAUGGACUAGACUAUACUAUACUGUUUCAAGCGUUCCGUUAACUUCUAUGUUACUUUGUAUAUGCGGAGUAUACGACUCGAUCUUCAUCUUAUUGAAUGUUCAUCUGGUUAAGCAAGUCAAUGGGUAUCAAUAGAAAAUAAUUGGUGUUCUCUAAUCUUUGAGAAAUUAACAGGGAUAUUAAACUAAAAAAAAUGAUUAUGAACAAAAAACAUAGCAUAUUAAAAUAAAAGAGAAAAGGAAC